CUCAAUUUCAGAGUGCAGUUUUCAAGAUAACACACAGAUGAAAAGAGAGGCUAUUGGACGGAUCGCUGCGUCUAAACCAAUUGAUUCAGGCAGUAAUUUGAUGGUCGAUACAUGGACGAUGGUUGUAAGUUGUCAACUGGCAAACAAGCGUUCACUGCUGACUCGGGACGUUGUGGUUUUUGAGAUUGACGAAAGCGGCUAUAGCGGUAAGACAUGCAGAUGAGAAGAGAAAGUUUGAAUAUUUCUGACUGUUUUAUGCGGACUAUUUCAUAGUAUACAUUCAACAUGGAGUGUUAUAUUUGCAGAAGUGUUGGAUAUUUUGCAUAUGUGUUCAUUGGAGUUUUUGUGACGAUUCAGCAAUGCCACGCAAAGACAUACAUCGUUGAAGAAUCUGGUUUACCUAAUAUGUUGAUCGGAAAUGUUGCCAUGGAUUUUAAUUUCUCAAGUUUAAUAAGUCAAGGAAAAUCACUAAGAUUCAGUUUCAUUAAUCAAAAUUUGCCAGAGGUUGCAUAUUUUAACAUUUCGGAAGACAGCGGAGAAUUGCGCUCCGUCGGUGUUUUGGAUCGAGAAGAAAUAUGCCAACAGGAGGACAAAUGCAAUAUCCAGCUUCAAAUUGCCGUCACUGCUACAAAGGAAUCAUUUUUCGAAAAAGUUAAAGUGAACGUGACAAUAGAUGACAUUAAUGACCAUUCACCGAUAUUCAAGUCACAGACAGAAUCAAUCUCAUUUCCAGAAAAUUCUCAGAUUGGAACCUCAUUUACCAUUGAAGGGGCUUUCGACCCGGAUAGCUCGAAAUACUCAGUAAAACACUACAGCAUUAUCCCAUUAGAUGCACCAUUUGCAGCUCAUCUCGUCAGGAAGUUUGAUGGGAGUUCAAGUGUUCAAAUUGACGUUGACGGAGACCUUGAUCGUGAGGUUACAGACCACUACAUCCUUCAAAUCAUUGCCGAAGAUGGAGGCAGCCCUCCAAAAACGGGUAGCCUGCAACUUAACAUCACCAUCACUGACAUGAAUGACAACUUUCCAAUUUUCACGAAUAUGAUUUACAACAAAUCAGUUGAAGAAGAUAUUGAAAUCAAUUCCACGAUUUUGCAAGUGUCUGCAAAUGAUCUUGAUACAGGCGACAAUGGUAAAAUCACCUACAGUUUUGCGACAAUUCAACAACAGCCGGACAUAGAGGAUCUAUUCUCCAUAGAUUCAGAAUCGGGUGAAAUCAAGACAAUCGGUCGAUUGGUCUACAUGCCUGGACACCAGUAUCAACUUAUCGUCGAAGCACAGGACGCAGGAGUUAAUCCUAAAGAAGCACAAGCUCUUGUGUACAUUGACGUUCAAGAUGUUAAUAACAAUGCACCCAAAAUAGAUGCUAACCUCCUUUCCCAGUCAGAUUUUGCCAGGGUGUCAGAACUUGCAAAUAUUGAUGCAGUUGCUGCACUUAUUUUUGUGACUGAUGAUGAUGUUGGUUUUAAUGGAAUUACAAACUGUUCCAUGGACAGUGACACUUUCGGACUUCAGAAAUCUGAUAUUAAUGAGUACAAAGUAGUAGUCAAAGAGCCCCUAGAUCGUGAAGUACAAGACUUGUAUACUUUGACAGUUGUUUGUGAAGACGUUGGGACACCACCAUUAGUUUCCUCAAAGACUUUCAAUAUUUCCAUAAUUGAUGAAAAUGACCACAAACCAGAGUUUAGCCAGACCAAUUAUGUUGGUGAAAUUUUCGAGAAUAACAACUAUGGUGAUGUCAUUCUUGAAGUUAUUGCUACCGACGGUGAUGCUGGCAACAACGCCAAAAUUUCUUUUGAGCUAAGAGGUGAUUCAUGGACAGACUUUGCUAUUCAUCAGGUUGAUGACAGUGGUGUUGGUGUUAUUCAAGCGAUGAAAACUUUUGAUCGAGAAGAUAAGGAGUACUAUGAGUUUCUUGUGUUGGCUAUUGAUGGUGGAAAGGACAAAACUGUUGGAAUCGAAGACAGACAUACCUCCACAGCUACAGUUACUGUCAAAAUAGUUGACAAAAAUGACAAUAACCCAAAAUUCCAGCUGGCUUACUAUGAGUUUCAUGUAGCAGAAAAUAGUCCGCCAGAAGAAAACAUUGAUCAGAUUGUUGCAGAAGACGCUGAUGCCGGAAAUAACGGAAUUGUCACAUACAGUAUUUUGGAUCAGCCUGAAGUUGUGUUGCCUUUUAAACUGGACCCCGAUGGAUUUUUAAAAGCCAAGAAGAUUUUGGACAGAGAGUUACAAAGUCGGUACGAUUUUAUCGUCAUGGCAACUGACCAAGGUUAUCCGUUUCGACUGAACUCAUCAGUGAAUGUGAGUGUGUUUGUCUCUGAUAUGAAUGAUAACGGACCUUUCAUCGUUUCUCCUGAAAAGCCUGGCCGAGUGGUGUACGUCCCUGUGUCAACGAGUGUAAAUACUCCCCUUUAUCUUAUCCAAGCUCAUGAUAUUGAUGCUGGUCGAAAUCAGCAGCUGACCUACAAAAUUGAGGACAGAAAUGAUACACAUAUUUUCGAUAUCAAUGACUCAGGUCAAGUGUUAGUGGCGAGACCGAUAGAAAGUUGGGAAAUUAACACGUACAGUAUACAAGUAGCGGUUUAUGAUAAUGGUAACCCGAAGAAUUUCGCUAAAACUACACUUAUAAUGUCAAUUAUGGCUGCAAAUAUUACGGCAGAAGUUUCGGCAGGAAACCCAAGCUUGGAGAGCAAAAAUCUUCUCAUUGCAUUGACUGUCGUCAUAGUAACAGUCGUUCUUGCCGCAACGAUCGUCAUCUCAAUUAUAAUAAUUCGUCGAAUGGAUAUUCGAAAGCGGAAUAACUACCUAGGAAAUGACACAAACAGCGAACAUUCACUUGACGGGACAGUGGUUCCUGGCCUAGAGUUGGACGGACAGAAGGACAUGUAUUCAGGAAUUUCUCCCGCCUGCGGCAAUCUUCAGCUAGCUCCCAUCGUUUCCCAGCUCUCGUUGGAUCGCAACUCGAUGACCAAGGACUAUGUCUACAAGCCAAGAAUGAAUACCCCAACACCUUCAGACAGUGGUAACCAUGGUGACAUACCACUGGACGUACAUGCGGAUAUACAGGACACGAGCACCCCUCGUCUUAACCGUCUAGCUUCACUACGGCUUCACCAACAGCUGAUACAGUCACAUGACAAACCAUGGCACCCCCACAACGAUAGUGACCAGAGUUGCGAGAUGUAUGCCGGUCGUCCAGAGGACGUACACAGUCAGCUGUCUGAGGAAGACGGAGAUAGCGGGCGGGGCGGCUCCGUUAGCGAUGGGCAUAUGGGCAUCUCACAGGAUGCUGAGGACAUGCGACGCAUGCAGCUUCAAAAUCUAGUCAAACAGAUUGGCCGCCGCGGGACCCCACCCCACUUACAGAGUCGCAAUGAUAACCAGUCAAAACCCUCCAAUCUCACGCCAAGAGACAAUGUAAACCAGUCUAGCUCAAAUCUUCAUGCGGACCAAUCCAAAGACACCAACAAACAUUUCAAUUUGAAAUCCAAAUACUCAAACUCAAACAGUGAUAUUUUCUGUGUGCCAGAGCAUGAACAAGUGCCGAAUGUACGACGAUUCCCCUCGUGUCAAGAAAACAACGCACCUCAUACGCAAAAGACUGUGACAUUUAGCAAUCAUUUUCCAAAGGCGAAAUCAGGCCCUGGAAUCCAAAUGGGGCUGUCGUCAAUUUCCAACCAUCCGCAUAAUAGCUCACGACAUAAGCCGAAUCGGCAACAUUCGUUUGACACACACGAUAAUUACAGACAACCGCGGAAUCACCCUAGUAAUGAUCCUUAUGGAAUUCCAAAUAAUGGUCGACAUUUAGAUGAAACGUUUGAAAGUGUUACAACUGCAGCUUAUGAUGAUGAUGAUAAUACAACAACAUCGGGAAGUUACACAAUUGAUAACAAUGCUCACGAAGAUUUUAUAGAGUUAAAUGUCGCACAACUGAAGGACAUCUUUGUUUAAUAUACCAUUUCAAAUGAUUUUCCUAUUUACUCACAUUAUUUUUGAUUGCAUGAAAUUGGUUUGAUAUUUAACUGCAUUGUGUUUAAUGUGCUGAAAGCAAGAAAAUGUGUGAAGGGAGAUAAUUCAAAAAUGCCAGUAAAUCCAAGUUGCUUCCCUUGAAUGAGAUUAUUGUGAAAUAAGAUGGUUCACUUUGCUGUAGAUUUUAGAUCUUACACUCCAAUAAUGUUAUGAUAUAGUUUUUUUUAUUCUUUAAUUGAAAUUGUUAUUGUGUUAUAUUGUUAAAGAUAUUGUUAUUACUUUGUGAGGAAAUUGUACAUAUUCGAUCUCAGGUGCUAUUUAUGACAACAAUAAAUAAAUAAACAACA